AUGUUAAGCAAUCUACUAAAGAAAGCUGAUUUGUUGGUUGAUCCUUACGAAUUUAACAUUUCUCAUAAAUAGAAAUCCUUAACUCCAAUAGGUUCUAAGAUAAAUUAAUUUAUAGGCGGAUUCCUGAGUAUAUUGCUAUUAGUUUUCACAUCCUUUUAUAUUAUAGGUGUCUUUUAAAGAAGCAUCUAAAAUUAAACAGCCAUUUAUGCAGGUUCUCAAAGUGAUCAAAAUGCUGAAUUUGUUUUAAGUAAUGAUAACACAAUAUUUUCACUUGAAAUUUCAACAUUAAAUGGGACAAUUUUGAAUAAUAAUACAGAUGUUAAGGAGUACUAUAAAAUUAUAUCCAUUAAUUUAGUUAUUUCACAUUAAAUGCUUAAUAUAUAUAGUAAUAAAGAGUGGAAGGAAAGAUAGGAUUUACUAGAAAUUACAGUCAAUUAAAUUAAACAAAAUGUUCCGAAGAAUCCAUCUCAAAAUUCAAUUUCAACUCUGCCUCUAUGACUGAAGAAUAGUAAAAGAACUUAAUUUGUUUUAAUGGCGAUUUCACUCUAUAAGGCUAAUUCUAUGAGCCUUAUUUUGCUUACAUAAAAUUGACAGUGAGUGUCUGUAAUAAUCACACAAGCAAUUCAUGCAAAUCAGCUAAGGAAAUUGAAGAUUUUAUAAACAAAGGGUAAUAAUUGAAUAAUCAGUAGAGUCAAUGUGGAUAUGUUCAUUAGAGGAUCUAAGAUUAAACAAUCUCUUAAUUACACAAAUCCGGCGGAUAUCUUUUCUACAAACAUAUUUUGGAGAUUAACUACAGGCAUUGGAGAUAAUGAAGAUAUUUACAUGCAGCCUUUAUAAAUGGACUUAAGUAUCUAUUGAAUUGUGACAUAGGAAAAAUUCUGUUUUUCAGUGAUUUGUUUAAUAUUGAAGAUACUGAAACACUUUACAAUAGUUCUGUAGUUUAGAGAUAAGAAAGAAGAUAAGAACCAAUAACAAUAAGUUCUGGAGCAUCACUGUGUACAUUUUAUUUAAGGUAAGAGUGAAUUGCAUAAUUUAAUUAGAGCAUCUUCUGACACAUCUUAUUAUUUUGUUAAUCAAUAGGAUCUUCCAUCAAUAAUCUUAUCAGCUGUAUCUGAAGCCACUGCUCUAUGUCUAGCUGUAAUGCAAACCAUAAAAAUAGUUUAUAAGUAUUACAAUCAGCAUAAGACAUUUGAAAUUUUAAUGAAUUCUGUUUUUAAAUUUGAUUUCAAAGCCGUGUAACAAAGAAAACAAACUCAUAUUCAUUAAUCAUAGAUUCCUAAAAGAUCGAACUCUGUAGAUAGCAAAAAUUCGAAAAUUUAAUUACAACAGGUAUUAUCCAUUAGUAAUAUUUAGAUUUUAGAUUAUACGAUAAAUUAUUCAUUUCAUAAAUUUCUUCUUUAUUAGAUCAGAAGGUUGAUAAAAACUAUUUUUGGAUAGUGCAUCCGUUUAUCAGAUGAAAAAGAGCUAGUUAUUUCUUAGAUAGCUAAAUCUAAGAUAGAACUUGAUUUAGAUCUGACAAAUAUUCUUAAAAAACUUUAUGAGAUUGAUUGUUUGAAGUUGUUCUUAUUUGAUGAUGAUUAAUUGGUGUUGUUCAAUACUUUUAGUUCUCCUGUGUUUUAAGACCAUAUGUCAGACCAAAAAGAACUAUUUGAUAUUUUGAGAGCUAAUGCCAAAUAAGUGAGAUCAAUAAAUCCACUCUAGUAGCCUAACGCUUAACUGAAUCUCGAUAACUAGAAUCUAUAUUAAUAUGCUGCAACAUCAACAAGUAAUGUAGUUUUGUAGAUGUAGUUCCGAUAAAUGUACGACUAGCUAAAUUGGCAAGGUUUUUCAAAGCUUAAUUAGGGGCUGAAAAUGCAGAAGAUUUGGUAGAAAACUUUUAAAAAGUAACUCAGAAUAAGAACUAUAAUUGGCAAACAAACAAAUAAUUAAUGCAAUUUGCUAUGCAGAAUUAGAGUUUGUUUCGUUUGGUUCAAAAGAAUUAUUUUACAGAGGAUGUUGGACAAAAUUAAGAUUAAUUGAAAUAAUCAGAAUAAAAUUUUAAGUUAGAAGUACCAGAUGAAUUUGAUGAGGCUAAGAACAACUCUGAAGCCAUUGGUAGCAAAGAAUCUUUUAAAGAUUUAGAUAUUAAUUAAUCCCCUGAUAGUUUUUAGAAUAGGUUACAAUGA